UGAGAAAUUCCCAACCACUGAGUCCACAAGUCAGCGACAGAGAUCAGAAUUCAGGGAAAGUUGAUUUUGCUGACUGAUUAAAUAUGAGCGAAAGCACACAUUAUUGAACAUGGGUAUGCACAUAUAUUAGAUUUUUCGUCACAGGAGAGGUACCUUGGCAGGUUGGUGGUACUACACAUGAAUAUUUACAAUUUAACAAACAUGAUAGUUUGGAGCAAGAUGUAUCAGUCAUUUUGGGGUAGUUGUCACAUGUUUAAAAGGGAAUUAAAUUAAUGUAGAGAGUCUGCUUAUCAGUUGUCAUGAUGAAAUUUUGACUGUAUUUUUACAGAAAAAAAGUGGUUUAAAGGAGAGGAGAGAGCGAGAAGACAUGGUCAGGAAUUGCAAAAGAAAAACAACAUGGCAGUGCAGUACCUGACAUGAUGCUGAGGGCAGUCAGACAGGUGACCCUAGAUAAUAAAUCAAUCUAGAGUGCAAUUAAGGACGUUAAUGUCAACUACCAUAGUACUCAGUACUGCAAAACAUUCACCCCAGCCGAAAUACAGGGUCAGACAGCUAUCCAAACUCCAGAGCAUGUUGCAGAAUAAUUUAUGUUAAUGUUUGUUCAAUGAAUUUUUCUAUCUUAAUGAUCAACAUUUUCUGUGCCUGACUUUGAUGUUCAUUUUGAAGUUAAAAAAAAAGAGAACAACAAUCAUUUUGUCCGUGUUUUAUUAGCAGCAAAAUCCACUGUGACAUCUUACCCCAUGUCCUGAGACAAUUUACACGAUGGUGGGACAACAUGUCACAUAUUCACUCUCUCUAUUUGAUUGCUUAUAACUCAGCACUGUCACAUGAUAUAAAAAUGACAUGAAUACAAAAUUUAUACCUGAGACUUUGGUCUUUCAUCUGGUACACAUUUUGUUUAUAUAUGAUGUAUUGAUUGCAAGAAAUAUACAAGAGUGUAAAAAGUGUGACGACAACAAGCCCGGUCUCCCCUAUGUCUUCUAAAAGGUCUGAUUAUGUGGAUCACAAGAGAAGGAUUUGUAACCGAAUAUGUCAGUGUGCAGCAUCAAUAUGUAAAUAAGAGUGGGCCUCUAGUAAAUCACUAAUGAUUUCCUUUCUCCCAACAGGAUCAUAUUUCAUUUUCUUUUAGAUCCUCUAACAUUUCUUUUGUGUUUUGGGCCCAAAAGUAGGACUCCGUUUGGGAUUUAACACAAGCAUAGCAAAGGGAAACUGUAUCAAGAGAAGGGGGUGUGUAUUGGGACAAUCCCAGGCAGGCUGGGGGGAAAGAGUCGAGUCAACAAUCUGUACAGCAUCCACUGUACCGCAGUGUCUUCCUGCCGCCCUAUCCGACACAGAGAGCUGCAGUACUGCAAAGUGCGAGGAGAGAGAGAGAGAGAGGGAGAGAGGAGGGGGGAGGAGGGGUACCGCACCGUCGUUACGAGUCCAAGUGGAGGAGGCAGGAGGAGAGACGCAUUAUUGCAGUAGCCUACAGAGCCACAGCACUUUGCACAAGACGCACCGCCGAGGAGAAAGAGAGGAGGGGGUGACGGAAAUUCAAGAGAGACAGACAGACAGACAGCUGAUUUCUCAUGAGUGGACUUUUUCUCCUUUGCCCCACCUUUAUUUUGAAAUUACACACAUUAGCCAGAAGGUUUUAGAAGAAGCGACUAAAACAACCAAUCAGCGCCGCUGCUGCAUCUCUGGAAGGACUCAGCAUCUCUUGAAGAAGGAGCAGGGAUUUCAACAGAGGCGGAUUUUCCCUUGAAUGGAUUAUAAUUCAGAGGUACUUUCCUCUUGAGCCCGCGCUGCUCUGCUCCACUUCCCACUCUUCCGUGAAUUAUCACAGACUCGUUUCACGCACACCGGUAUUGCGGUACUUUGCUGACGACUCUCAGUAGCCUAUAAAUGCAUCGCUAGGAGAUUGGCUCCACUGCGCCAACACCCCCCGCAUCUGUUUACUCUUGGUAGGGCACUUUUAUCAUUUUGAUCACUGAGAAUUUGGGCCUUUUGAAGGAAGUAUCGAAAAAUCCCAUCUUUUCUCUCCUAUCUUGCUGUUUUUUCCUCUUUUUAUUGCACUUCAGACCCUCCCUCUCCUACCUCGCAGCGCGUCACCCCUCCUCCUCCUCUUCCUCCUCCUCCUGCUGCUGCCCGUGAGUCACUUCAAACAGCUGCAUAGAAGAUGUAAGUAUUGAUGCGGCUUUUCUGCUGCGUUUUUUCUCCUAAAACAAAUAUACAAACUAUUUUUUAAACAGUUGCAUAACUCUGGAUAAAAAUCACUUUCAUUUGUUGUGUACAUUUGAGGCUGGCAGGGGUCUGAAACUGAGCUGAUCUCUUUCAGGUUGAUGGAUUUUUUGCUGACGCAAGUGAAAAAUUCCGUCACAGCAUCACUAAAUAAUGUAUUCAGAGGGUGAAGACGGCCUCUCCACAGCCUCAGAUAGAGUAAAAGUAAAGCCAGAGAGAGAGUCAAACUGAGAUGUAGCCUAUCUGAUACUUUUGUACCAGCGUACACACAAAAUAUAGACAUUAAUGUGAUUUCUUUAGGUUUCGAUAUUUUUGUCUCAGUAUGAUCCUUACAGUCCUGCAGGAGUCAGUCUCUUCUCCCAGAGGAGCAUGUUCGCUGCUCUGUUUUCAGGCUCCUGUACUCCCUCGCCCCCUCCUGCAUUUAUCAUUCCCCUCUUUUUCUGCACACCACCUCUCCUCACUUUUUCAUUUCUGUCCCUAUCCCAGAUCUCCUCUCCAGUCUCUCAUUCAGCAGUCUCUAACUUCUACUCUUCUAGCUCUCCAUCCAUGGCUUGAAUGUUUUCUCAUUUUCUCUCUCUUCUUCCUCCCUUCACCCUUUAUUUUAACUCUCCUUUUCACAAACCGUUUUCUCGUUUUGUUUUGCCAUUACUAUCUUCCUUUUCUUAAACUGUCACUCACUCUUCACCUGCAGAUCGGAAAGUCAUGUUUAAAGUCAUUUCCUUCACCUUGUGCUCCGUCUUAGGUCUGCCCCCGAUGCUGCCCCUGCUGGAGCCCCUGGUGCUCCAGGAGCCCCUGGUGCAGAUGGAGCCCCCUCCGGCCAACCUCCUGCCCCACCCAACACCUCUAGCAACCGCAGGCUACAGCAGACACAGGCCCAAGUUGAAGAGGUGAGCCGGACUAAGAAUCAUGACCAAAGUUCGGUCAUGAAAUAAAAACAAGCAGUGUUUGUACUGGAGCAAAGACAGAGUAGCAUGUAAGCUUAUUUGUGUUCCUGUUUUCUUCUUUUUCACCUUUAUAUGUUGAAUUUGUUUGGUUACAGUAUGUUUAUGGAUCAAACUACAUAUUUACUCCAAUCUAUAAUGUUUAACUUUGGAAACCUGUCAUCCCCACAUCUAGUUUUUAUUGUUUUUGUUUUUCUUCUAUUAAAUUAAACACUAUCAUGCUGUGAUAUGGAAGCAGAGCAACGACAUUUCCUUACAGAGAGGAAUCACUGCUGUGUUUUAUUCUGUGCAAUGACAGUUAAAGAAAGUCUAAAUCAAAGUCUCCCCUGAGUGGCUUUGUUUUAAUAUCUCAACCUUUUUGUCUCCCAUCAUUACCCCUGCUGUACGCUCUCUUAUCCUCGCCGCUGGUUUCUAGGUGGUGGAUAUCAUGCGGGUGAAUGUGGACAAGGUGUUGGAAAGGGACCAGAAGCUCUCAGAGCUGGAUGACAGAGCGGAUGCUCUCCAAGCCGGAGCCUCCCAGUUUGAAAGCUGCGCAGCCAAGCUAAAGAACAAGUACUGGUGGAAGAACUGCAAGGUGGGCACAUUAGUGAGGCUCCAUUAGACAGAUUGUUGUUACUGAAAGAUACUCAGUGCAGUCAGAGUCUAUAUAAAGAAUACCCUUGUUAGCAUGUGCGGGGUUGCACAGUGAAUUGAGUAUCCUCAGCUCUUUUAUUCUACAGCAUGUAACUCACUCCACGGUUUGUGGUGCACUGAGGCAAACAACACGCCACACAUCAAUCUGUUAAUGAGCUGCUGUGGAGGAACGAACAGAUGCUUUGGAGAAUGUGGUUAUAGAGAUUCUCCGACUGAGUCUGCAGCACAGUUUGGUUUUGUAGAUGUGUCUUUGUCGUCUCCACACACAGCACCAGCUUGUCUUGACUACCUUUUUUACACAUACAUCCUAAUGCAUUAACUGGUUUUUGGUCUCUUCUCUUUGCAGAUGAUGAUCAUGAUGGGUAUUAUUGGAGUCAUUGUGGUUGGAAUAAUAUUCUGUAAGUAACUGCUCAUUUACAGAGUUUCAUUUAUUGACAGAUUAACGAAUUCAUAUGUGGGUCGUUUUAUGAAUCGCUGUUAAUGAGUAGCAGAUGGAGUAGAGGGCAGGGGUAUUACUCUGCCAGUAUUACAUCCGUGUGUGUUCAUGCUGUUAAUGAUGUGUAUUUGACUGUGUUAGACAGCGCUGCCAGGUACAUUUAACACCAGGAUGGUAUUUGUAUUUCUGCUCUCACUUGUGUCUGGCCUGUGUACUUCUGCUGUAUCUGUCAAUUAUUCAUGGCUCCUUAUUACAGUAAAUUAUUGAUAUAAAUCCAGUUAAACCAGUUCUGUUGCUAAAAACAAACCUUUAAACGCAACAUAUAAGCAGAGCUGAGCUGACUGUACUUGUUUGUCUUGGAGUGAUGUAUCACCAGAUCCAUUACACUAAUGACUCCCUCUCUCCUUCGUUGCAGUGUACUUCUUCUACUAAGCUCAGCCCAUCUAUAAAGAUGGAUAUGGACUUGAGAAUGAUAUGAGGGGAGAGAAAAAAAAAGAAACCUAAACUCCCCCUGUUAUCCUUCCUCUCUUCACACAGUCUUCCAUCAAACCAUCCUGCACUUAAACAUGACAGUAGUGUUUCUGGGUGUCUCUGCUCUCUUUGUCCCUCCCUUACCGUCGCUUUCUUCCGCUGUUUUGGUCUUGCUCACUCUCUCCUGUCUCUGCACCUCAUGUAUUAUUGAAGGACGCAGCAGGGCGAGUGAAAGGGGGAGAAAGAGAAGAAAGGAGGGAGAGAGAAAAUUCUCAUGACACAGGAACAUGUGGGGCUGUACGAAGCUAUAGGGGGAAAUGUAAAGAUGGUGAACAUGUGCAGGGGUAAAAAAAAAAAUAAAAAUAAAAAAAGAGUUAGCAGUCCUUUUUAUUCCGGAUACGCCAAAGCUUGUCCAUGUUACCUUUUUUGAGAGUCCUACAUUUGUAAAUUGAUACUUACAUGCCAAACUAACACACUCCUUCUGUCACUACCGCUAGCCUCUUUGCUAAUUACUAACACAAAGUCAUGUUAGAUUAAGAUUAUUAACAUUUUGUUGUGUGUGUGUAUUUGUGGUCGAAUCAUCAUUGCUCAUGUUUAAGUUUUGCUGACUGGUUUUCCUUAGUAGCAUCGCGGAUUAUUUUCUGCUAAGAUCACCCUUUGUUAGACAUUUCAGCAAAGUACAAAUGAGAGAAAAAUAAUUGUAAGAAAUGUAAGAGAUAGUGUGAGGGUUAAAUGAUGGUGAAAAGUGUUUCAGGGCAAGAAAGUAACGGUACUGCAGCAUUAUAUCUGUGUCUUUUAAGUAGUUGAAUAACUAUGCUUUAUUAUAGCAUAGUAACAUGCACAGUAAGACAAGUAGCCACUAACAGACAAUCUAGUGUAUUCUCGAGGACGGAGGACAGGUCUCUUAACUCUGACUUCAACAGAGUCACAGCCAUAGACAGAUGAAUGUGUCGCAUCACAUUUUAAAGAGGUUUAAAUGCCAACCUAUUUCGAAAGUUGAGUAGACAAAGCAUUUAUUUGUUUGUUGUUUAUAUUAACUUGAUCUUUAAAAAAGGAGAACAGGAGAUGGACAUGACUUUUGACAGCCAGAGCUCCCCUCACAUAAACACAGACUCACCUGUCACCUGCAGUCAUGUUAACAGCCAAACUGAGGUGUUUGUUUCUAACUUGCAUGGUUAACGGUGUCCAUAGUUUUGCCUCUUUGUGUGACCUCUGUAUCUGCCAUUUCUGAAUCUAACUGCCGAUUGUACAUUUUCUUUUGUUAGUGGUCCAAAUGGCCUGUGUAUAAUGUCUUUCUGAUCUGAUAAUUACUGCUUAUGCAAUGCAAUGAUGCUCAAGAGUUUGCCAAAUUCUGUUGAAUUCACUUGCUUUUGAAAGAAAAACAAUAUUCAGAGACUGCAAACAACCGCUACUAUAGUGAACUGUUAAACCCAUGUAGUAUUGUAUGGAUAGAACAAUAGUUAACAUCCGUCAGGUCAUGCUCCUGAAGAAGUGUUUCUAAUUCUUUCAGGGUUUUGGGGGUUGUUGGACUCAAAAAAGACUUUCUCCUCUUAGACUUGAUUUUGAGUCGAUAGAAUUAAGAAAGAAACGUUAAAUGCAAAAAGGGAUGGAUGCAUAAUUGUAGCAGUUAGCUAUAAUUCUCUGACGGUACUGUACGACAAUAUCAUCAUGUGAUUAGCAGACAUACUGAGAGACGUGAUGAUGUUUGCGAUUUACAACCCAAAAAGGCAGAGAAAGAUGCAACUGGAUUUGUGAAAAACAAAUGCAUGCUUACCACUUUUGCUGAUGCAAAUAAACAAAUCACUGACAAACCUGA